AUGGGGAGGAGAUCUUGUAGGGAUCCUAUUGUUGAAGGAUGUAGGUGGGUUGUGAAAAAUGGUUAUAACAUUCCUUUUUGGGAAGCCAAAUGGUGGAGAGGUCUUAUUUUGGGUGAAGUGUUUUCGGAUAUAUAUGAGGCUUCGCUUUUGAAAGGGGUUUCGGUUGCUUCUAUGGGAGGGUGGCUAGAGGGUAAAUGGAGAUGGGGUGUUUUUGGGAUUCCCGUGGGGUUGGAGACGGAGAGGGAAAUUAUGGAGGGUUUAGUUCGGUUUAGAGAUGUGUUGGCCGAAUUUGGUGGUGCGGGGGAGGGGAGAGAUGAGGUGUCUUGGAUUCUAGCCGAAUAUGGAAUUUUCUCGGUGGUAUCUUGUUACACUUUUUUUGGAAGAGAUUUCGUUCCGGUUGGGUCGCCGAACAAACAUGAUGGGGCGUAUGGGCUAGUUUGGAAGGCGGAUGUGCCUUUCAAAAUCAAGGCGUUUGGAUGGAGAUUUCUUCUUGAUAGGAUCCUGACUAAGGAUUGCUUGGUGUAUAGAGGUAUAAAUAUACCGGUAGAUAAUUUAAAGUGUUGUUUUUGUGGAUAUGAAGUAGAAAGUAGAAACCAUUCUUUUUUUGGUUGUUGGGUGGUGAAAGCUAUUUGGAAUGAGAUAGCUCUUUGGAUGGGUAAAGAGGGGGAGGUGGAGGAGGGGUAA